AUGGUUUCGUUAGAAAAAAGUCUUCUCAAGAGCGAUUGGUUAUUUGUCUUAUUUUUUGCUUUGCUCACAGGUGGUUGUGCUUGUUUGUCACUUCUUUGGAUUAUAAAUGCAAUAUGGUUUUAUAAACAAGCCUUUAAAGUGGAACCAUAUCCUCAACAAGCUGAAAUUCGAAAAUAUGUGAUUCGAAGUGCAAUUGGUGCAUUUAAUUAA